AAGUUUUCACUAAGAAUUACGAUCGAUGGGGUGCUGAGGUUUUCGCCGCGAAGUAAAAUUUAGACUUUUGUGUGUGGCUACAAGUGGGAAAGUGCUGCUUUGAUUGUGUUUCGUGGAAAUAGACGAGUGCAAUGUGAUUGAUAAUUCAUAAUGGUGGAAAUUAGGUUGUGCAUGAGUGAGACUUAGUGUGUUAAGUUUUUUUGUGUGAAGGCCAUUCAUCUCUGAACAGGGAGGAGGCCUUUCUGUACUUCCAGCACGUCGAUCCCUGAGGCUGUAAUUAGUAACUGGAUUAUCGCAAAAAUGGAGGAUUACAAUACCACCCAGCAUGAGGUCUCGCUGGAGGACCUGAAAAUGGAUGCGCAUAUGGUAUGGCUGCUCGCUUCGUUGCUGUCAUCCAUAUGCUGGGUUAUAUACAUCACAUUUUACAAUUCUCGUAUGGUUGGAUUGCUUUUAACAAAGUUGAUAAAUAAAUGGCUGAUAAGGAAUGCUUAUUUUAAAAUAGGAUCUUUAACACUGAACCCAUUGGCAGGGAAAAUCAUGUUUCGGGAUGUGGUUUACAUUGAUUACGAUUAUUCGGUUCGCGUUCAGGAUGGGUACAUGAUUUUUCGUUGGUGGCGCUCUUACGUUCCCAAAGAUGUAUCUGAAGAUUUAUCCCACUCUGACACACGCUUGUCAAUAACUCUAAAUGGCUUUGAGCUACAUAUUUAUAAUCGAUCUCAACUGUAUGAUAGACUGGAGAAAUUAUUCGGAUUAAAACCAUCAAUAUUGAUUCCAACUGAAAAUCUGUCCACUGAAGAAUUAAACGUCAUUCAAGAGCAAACAAUGAAUGAGAAGAACACCCGCCAGAACUCCACAGCUUCGAAGAAAAAGCAAAGGUCGGAAGCAAUGACGGCCACAACUUGGCGUGAUCUCAUACCAGUAAUAAAGAUUGAUAUUUGCUCUGGACGCUUUGUACUCGGUAACAGGCUGACGCCGACAACAUUAUCGAUUACAGUGGAAGAAGCUCAUUGUGUUUAUAGCACAAAGCCUGCAGCGUGUCGUCUAGACCAUUUCAUGCAUUUUGUAAAAGCGAAAAUGGAAAAUGCAAAGGUACUUUUUGCACCGAGUUUAAAGUACACAGGUCUUGCAGAUGAACCGCCUAGAUACAUGGGUGAAGGAUUUGUUGUCAUGAUGUCAAACUUAGUGGAGCUAUAUUUCUACAUGGAUGAACCAGGUGUUGUGCCUGAUGAACCUGUUCAAUUAACUUUGGCUAAUGGAGAUGUGAUUGAACCAAUUCCCCCUGUAUGGGGAGUUGACAUUAAGUGCGGCAAAGGUACUGAUUUCAGCUACGGGCCGUGGGCUGAUAGGCAGAGGGAUCACCUGUUCAAAUUCUUCUUCCCACCGGAUUGGCAAGAAAUGACCGUAACUCAAGCGCCGAAACCUGGAGAAUAUCGUCAAUAUCAAUCGUUUGAUAUCAGUCUUUGCACCCUGAAUGAAGCGACGAUAGAUAUAUUAUUCUCGAAGGAAAAGGAAACCAAUGCAAUGCACGUCACUAUUGGUGCUGGUUCUUACAUUGAAGUUACAAUACCAUGGGUGAUACAAUCAGAUGGAUUUGCAGCGGUUAUUGCUGGGCAAUUGUUACACAUGGAAGCUACAACCAGCUUGCAGUACAGGAGUUUAGCGGAAUGUGAAUCUUUGGAAUACAAAAUCAAAAUACAUUACCCAAAAAGGUGGAAUGAUAAUCAAGACUGGAGUAUAAAUUUGACUGGCUGUAAAGCAACGACUUAUAUUAUUUAUAAACACAAGUCAUUUUUCCAAGAUUUAAUUGAAGACUGGUCAUCAAAGUCAAGAUCGGAUAUUCUCACAUUCGUUCCUUAUCAAUGCAAAUUCAACAUAUUAAUGAAAGAAUUCGAAAUUAUAACUCUAAGCAAUGAGUACAAUUGGAUUGAUUGCUCAAGUACAAAUCAAGAAAAUCAUCAUUUGGCAUUUUGUGGUGAUCUUUUUGAUUUAAGUUUUGUUUUACCAUUCGAUGAUUUUCUACCAAAAACUGUUACUUUGAAAUUUUGGAUCCAUGGCGAGGGUGUGGAUUUAAGUAUGUUUUUGCCUGAAGUGUCCACUAGUCGAUCGUUGGUGUUAGCACUUGAUAAAAAUGCUCGUAUAUUGACAAGAUCAGGCAAAGUGAAAAAUCGUAAGGAGUUGUAUUCGAAGAAAUGGAGGAGAAUUUGUCUACAAAGUACUGGCUGGGUAGAUUGUUGGUCCGUUCCGAUCGUUGCACUGUCUAUUCAGUACAUUUAUCAUCCGAUGCCUCCUUUGGGACCAGAUCCACAAGCAGAUAUAACGACACCUGAAAAAGAAGAAAUAUUGCUGAGUCCCAUGAGAAUUCCUAAGUUGCGGAAGUCACCCGUCGUCAAUUGGGCAAAUACUGAUAUGCAAAAGUUUGAUCCAACUCAUUUAGCAGCCGAUCAUGUCACUGUCGAACUUGAGAUAGGUUCUUCGAUUCUCAUGGCUUAUGGAUCCAUUCUACGCCAGUUUAUUCAUUUGAAGGAAAACAUCUUUGGAGAGGAUCAAAUGUUCACAGAUAUGGAGCAAUCUAAUGCGAAGGCUCCCUCCAGCACUCUGUUCAAUGUUAAAGACCAUUUGUUCGGAAAAGACGCUGGAAAUAAAUCAAGUUCUGAAGUUAGUUUCGCCGAUGAGAAGCAGAAGCGUUUUGAUCCAAGAGCAUAUAGACCGCUUGAAGUUGUGGUUUCCGUAACAUUGCAUGAUAUACAAGCGCAUUUAAUGAAGAAUUGUGGAGAGAAUAAGCCAGCCUGUCCUGUGAUAUUAAUUGAACGUCUUGGAUUCGAAAUGAAGAAGAGUUUCGGAGAGACUGAAUUACAAGUUCUAGUCAGUCCAUCAUAUCUUAUAACCGCUGAUAAUAUUGGUCGUCAGAGCAGAGAUAAGCAUUUGAAGCAAGGACAUUUAUUGCUUUCCGCUGUGCAGGUCCGUGGUCAUGCUAUGUUUAGCAACGAGGGUCGCCGUUUAGAUGAAGAGACCUUGGAAUAUGCUUGGCUCUUAGAAAUCCAGCUUGGAAAGAUUUCAGGAAAACUAACAAUGCCGCAGUUAUGUGAUGUGCUCAUUGGUUUGGAAACUUUCGUAUUUUUGACCGCUGAUCCCGAAAAUUGCAUGAAAAAUCCAAAAACUAUUCAAGCGUGUCAUCAUGGAGUUCCAAUUAAUCAAUGUCCCCAAACUAAGGAUGAGAUUAAAUAUAGAUGCCCGUCACCAGAAGACAUCAAAUACAAAAUGACUCGUGUAUCCAUUGAUGCAAUUGAUUUAUAUUUGGUAGAGAGUGGGACUGCACUACAUUCCUGGAUUUCACCAGUGAGAUUGGCAACAUGCAAUUUACAUGGCCAGAAAGUUAAAUCGGGUGUGUCUGGCCUAUUACCAACCAUUCUAUUUCGGCUUUUUGUAUCAAACUCGGGCGGAUCUAUUGGAAGUUCCCUCAGUAAUACUAAUACAACAGGGAGUAGCCACUCAAAUCGACAGAAAGCUGAUCGGAAAGAGGAUAAUACAAAAAAGACUGAACAUCAGCCCAAAGCAAAGAAAACAUCCAAUAUUCUUUUGAAAACUGAAACCAAAGAACAACAGGAUGAACAAACUCAAACACGUGAUCCAAAGGAAAAUUAUUCGGAAGCAAAACGAGAGCGGGAAGAUAUGGCUGGAGUACAACGUGAGAAGCAGAGAGACUCUGAUUUAUGUGAAGAUUGGUUGGAAGUAGCAUGUAUAUCACUUGGACCGAUUCUAUUGGAAGGUGCUUCAGCUUUACCUAUGCCCGAUCAUAAGCUGCAUUUAGUGCAACAUAAUUUUUUGCGAGACCACGAUCAGAAAUCGAAGCGUUUAUGGUUCCUUUGGGCUGCAAAUGGCACGGACUUAUCAAGAUGUGGUUGCAUUGGUGGAUGUGCAUUUUUCGGCAAUAAUCGUAAUGGUUCGAAAUUCUUUAAACCUAGCUCGCAGGAUAUACAUGAUAAUUAUAACAUUGCUCGAUAUCAAAUACUUCCUGGUCCCAGAGAGUUUGGAUUCGGAGAAAGCAUAUUACAUGAUGGACAGUUGGUAUUCCAUACUCCUCCGUAUAGUUUGAGGCCGAUAUUCCUGUAUGAUUCCAAUGAAUUAUAUGAUCAGUUUAAAAUAAAACGCAUCAUUGAAAAUAGUAUAAAUAUGAAGGAAGAAUUAUUGCAAACAAAGGAAAAGGGUGCCGGUGAUAAAAUGGAGAAUUUGCAUCGAAGCAAGGAGAGUUUGGGAUCUCCAAACACACUUGAAAGAAGGAGUAAACGGUAUUCCCAUACAGUACCAAGGCAAAAUUCAAUCGAAGUCCCGUACUCAAGGCUGCUUGAUAGUCCAUCGAAAAGGACCGCGAAACCGGAAUCUAUGGAAUGGAAUAUUGUCAACAGUCCUCUGACAAUGGGACGCAGGGGAUCAGAAGUCAGGCCAACUAAAAGUUUAAAGAUUUGGUCACCGAAAACGAGCAUUUCGGAUUCUAGACUGACUGGAGUUGAAGCUGUUAAUGACGACAUUUCGGUUCCUGAAGAAAUGUCACAUUCAGCACCACAAUCGCAUCCCCUAGAGUUCGAAGUUUCCCCAGUGCAAUGUAAAGUGCUAGAUUCAGAAGAUGACGUGAUCCGGGAAGUACAGCGGACAAUAUCGCUGACAUCUGAGAAUCCAUCUGAAUUGUUUUUUUCGGCUGAAGAAGAUACGGCAAAUAUGAUGUCUCAACAUAUUAAUUAUGCAAAGGGUGGUGUCAGAGGCAUUGAUCAGAAGAAAAGAUUUUCUUCUGACCUGAGUAUUGGCCACCACAAUGACAUAGGAAUAGUAUUGUCAACUCAUCGGAGCGACUUGGAAAUUCACGUGCCCGAAUCGCGGCAUUUAACGAAAAGACCACAAAGUACAACGGAACUGAGUGAAGGUGCUCAAAGAAUUCAUGGUCUUGCUACACCGCUGAGAAAGAUAAAUAUAUCUUCAAGACCAGAGUUCCGACAUUAUAAAUCGUUGCAUGAUGGUAAUUCCGCUGGCUCUUCUUCGGAUAGUCCAUCCUUAUCAUCUGCAUCGUUUAUCUCGGCAAUGUCUUCACAGGAAGACAUGACUUUGAUCAAUUUGCAUAUGCAAGUUAAUCGUCCUAUCAUUGAUUCACCUCUUUUGAUGGCUAGUUAUCUAAGCCAUUUAGCACAGAUCCGAUGCAGCAAUUGGAAUCACUGUUCGUUCCCAUUUGGUGCUGAUGCUUUCUCAAUACCGCUAUUUCAAGAAAAUGACGAAGGCGGGCUAACCUAUAUUGGAAAUAAAAUGGUGCCACACUUCGAUACAUAUUCAAACUGGAAAGAAAUACGUAUUGUGCCGAAACCGGAAAAUUCGUCAUCGACAACAUCGAGUAGCUUCGUUGGUGCACCGAAAUCUCACCCAUGGGAUCCAACGGUUCUUUUGAAGAAAAGUGAUAAUGGCAAAUCCACAAACGGCUUCGAAGAUGGCGAAUUUAUGAGUCUUCAAACGGAAGCUGCGACAUGCACUUCAUUUGUUGUAAAGUUGAAGGGACAGGUUAAUGUGUUUCUCACACCUCUAAUGCUUGAAGGAGCCCAAAGAAUGGUUGAAGCCUUAAUUCCAUCUUUGUCUAAUAUGCACCUACUUACUGCUGUUCAUGUAAUGCACUCGUUCUGUGAUAGCAAAGUCAAAAACGAUAAUAUACUUAAAAGGGAUGAGAGUUUGAGCUACUGGUCACAGGUCCAUUCGAAUUCUAAACGAUCUACGACUGAAAGAAAUCUACAAGGUCCAGGCGAUUCAGUAUUGAGCGAUGUUUAUGAAGAGAGUAUUUCCACGAAAACACAAGGUCUUAUCAUCGUUCCGAAAAUUAGUGUUGCAUUUUUACAGUCGUCCAUUGUGGAAGAAGUCAUCUCGAUAGCAGCACUUGAUAAUAUUCAAGACUUGAGUUGCGUUUCACUUUUAGCUUUUCAUAUAGAAGGUGUAUCAACAAAGUUUCAUCUUGGCAAAACUACAAGAGCUUCAAUUCAUAAUGUUUAUAUCCAACAAACGGUGCGGUCGAGUGGAAAUCAUAAGAAAGGUGGAAUAAUGCGCGGCACCAAGGCAUUACUAGCGCAUUUGUCAUCCCAAACUCGACCUGAUAAUGUUCAAGGAGAACCAAUUUUGAUUGAAACAUCGGAAAAGCAAUUAGAAGAACUGGUUGUAACUCUGGACAUUGGAAAAGCUCAUGCGCAGUUGCGUCGACUGAAGAAUGAGGGAAGCAGUGUUCAGGAUUCACAAACAAUUAUCACAGCAAUUCCAGCUUACAAGAGUCAAGCAAUGUUUGAGUGCAUCAGAUUGCCGGAUGCAAGCGACAGUGAAAGCAUGGGGAGUAUAAUGUUUGAAUGCGGACUAGAAGGUGUGGGUGUUAAAAUCAUAAAAAGAUCGCAUUUUGAGAAAUCAGAAAACACCAAAGAUGAAAUCGAGAUCACCGGCGAAAGUAAUAUUCUUCAUAACGUUAAUGAUAUGUGCUCCCAAGCUUCCUCUAAUGAUGGAGUUGUAUCGAAAGCUGAAUCAGCUUGGCGACUGAUUUCCAAGAAGCCACCGACACCCAAAACACCCAAAGAGAAAUUUGCUCAUGCUUUGGAACACAUUAUCAUCGCUGACAGAGAACCAGCAAAUAAAGAUCCGAAAGUGAAGGUGCCAUUAAAAUUGAAUAUGGGAGAAAGUGAUGAUGCUGACAAAGCUAAAUUGAAGCGAAAUACGAAAUUCGAAAAUCAAGGAGCGAAUGUUAAGGAGACAGAUAAAGUAUCGUCAUGUGUGUUUGAUUUGAAAUCAGUUUGGUUUAACUUCGCGGCGCCACCUUGCGUCCCAAUAACUCGAAAAAUAGAUUUUACACGAUUGGAUUGGAAUUUAUUAAGCACAGCAUCGCCCGCUAUAACUGCAUGGAUGAAUCCAUGUAAUCGUUUCGCGAUUAAGAUAGCGGCUAUGCUACGUGCUAUGCAUGUUAGACAUACUGCAAUUGCGGCUUGCUUGAUGGCAGAUGCUUUGGAAAAUGAUAAAAUACAACGUAGACUUAAAACAAAAAAGAGCCGUUACCCAGGAAGUUAUACUUUACUCUCAAAAACAUUGCAAGAAGAUCCCAGUUGCCAGUUAUGCAUUAUCAUGCAAUUGCACGUUCUAGAAGAAGGCAUCGAUAAAAUUGAAUCUGUUUUGAAACGAGGUGAUCUUCCGCAUCUAAAUACACUGCGGCAGGGCGUGAUUGUAUUGAGUCGACAGUGGAAGAAUACAUUAUAUAAUCCAAUACUCUUCGAACAUCAAUAUAAAAAUAAAUUGAUAAGACCACUGAAUGUUACGUUUUCAUUUCCUCAAACCGAUGAAGAAAUUGAUGAUGCUGAUUGUGAUGGAGAACAUGAUGCGAAUCCAUUUAGUAUCACCGUAGAUUCUGCAGAGGAAAGUGAAAAUACACUUCUGCUUGGCCAAAUCCACUCCAAAGCUCGAGAAAACUACUUUCAAGCGGCUGGUUUGGAGCAACCUCGAAUAGACAAGUAUCAUCUACCACCUGUCUCUCCAAAUCUACAUGGAUCGCGUAGAAACAAAACCCUUACAAAAGGCGCAUCAUAUCCAUCUUACACUACAUCAUCAAGGUCAAGUAUACAAAUGCUUCCGAUAAUAUCAGGAUUGGUGGAAAAGCAAAAUCCCGAAAUAGAAUAUGGCACACUUCUCGAAGGGUCGGCAAGUUCAACAAAUUCAGUUGAUAAAUGUGGAACACCAGCAAAUCAGAAAGAGGACUUAUAUUUUUGGAUGGCGAAACAACAAGAAAAUAAGCCAAAACCGCCACAAGAAAAGGAUCCAUUAAGAGCAACUACGCAAAGAAUGAUGGGAGAUCCGUCACGUCAUGUUCUCCAGGAUUCAAUUCGAUUGUUGGACGCACACUUGAUAUUUGAGCCAAUACUAACAUAUUUGGGUGUCAUGCCGCAACAAAUGAUCAAUAAAUUCUCUAAUGCAGAUAUAUCAUCUCUGGAGAAUUUCGGAACAAAUUUGUCCCUUGUCGGAACAUUUGAUUCAAUCCGCGUGGAUAUUGUUGUGAGUGAGGCGGGAGAUAAGUCACAAAAGAGCAAAUUAAAGAAACCCAAUGAAAAAUCGGAGUUGAAUAAUGAACCUUCUGCAUUCCUUUGUGAAAAAGUUGGAAUAGAAUUGGAAGUAUUGAAGAAAACCGAUAAGAUGGUUGAUGAAGCCAAACAGAAUGUCAUCUAUAUAUCUCGGCGACAGUUGAAAAAACAUACAAGUACAGUAGUAAAUUUCAGCUUGAAUAUUCGCUUUAUAUCGCAACAAGUUAAUAUGCCAUUAUUGAGAUUAUUACAUCAAAUAUCGAACAUGUAUCAGAAUGUAAAAGAGGCUCAAAGCGAGCUGAAAGAACAACCAGAUCCGAGCAAGAAGCCUUCAAAUAGUAAAGAUGAAGGAAGUAUCGCUUCUGAAACGAUUGAUCACUUCAAUUCGAUCGGUGAACGAUUUGUUUCUCAACACUUUUUCGAUGAGAAAUAUGAUAAAAUUGCAGAGGUUAUGCCAUUUUCAACAUCUACGAAGGGAAAACCGUCGGGAUCAUCAGUAUUUCCAUUACUCAAUCCAUCUCCCAAUGCGAAAAACAGACCACAGUCAUUUGCUCAGAAAUUGAGAUCGACCGGCAAAUCAGUUAAAGGAAAAUUAGGUUACACAAACCUGAAUGAAGCGUCUCCUCUAAAAGAAAGUCCAACAACAACGGUUCAAAGUAAUUUUAAAGCAUCUUUGGAAUCGAAAACUUCCAUUAAUGGAUGUAACAAUAGUUUGUAUGGAGAUUUUGGAAUCCCAACAAAGAAAAAUUCCUACUCUCAGACUGGUUCCAUUCCGGUGCCACCGACUCCGAAUUGCUGGAAAACCAUCUACCAUUUACUGGAAUUGUAUGGAACAAUGCCGGAAACAAAGACCAUACAGAGAUUUUCAUUACCUACGGAACAGAAUGAAGUUCCCAAGCUUCCCAAGAAACCUACAGGAAAAGAUGAUGAGGAAGUUUCUGCUCCCACUCCAAUGCUUCCACAACUAAAGGAACCUGGUAAAAUGUUCAAUGAUGCUUCAAGCAAUAUCUUUCAUAAUUAUGCUGUUGGCUUUAUUUCAGAGCGGACUCGUUUGAUUGUAUUUGGUGUCGCGAAAAUUCACAAAACUCGAUUGUUGGCAACCCUCAGUGGAUUGAAAUUGGAAGCCGAGAUAACAACACUGAACAGUAGCGUGACAUGGCGGAAGAAAGCGCGACCUGUAGCUUUGGAAUGUUCACUUACUGGACAAGUGGGUCGAACAAUGAUUGUCCUUUUGGAAGGAGUGGCUCCAAGUCAACAGACUGUUGUGAAAAUUACAAUUGGUAAAAGUCAAACGUUAUACUCGAGUGUAACAAAGAGAGGCAAAGACAAAAAUAGUGGAUUGCUUUCUAUUGGACCUGUAACAAUUGAUAUCCCUCAACACCCUGUGGUGUUGCACGGUAUGAUGACCCGCAGUUCGAAACAACUUUCGUCCACUUUACAGGAAUUACGAGUUGGGCGAACAGCUGCGCGCACCUCUCGACAGAGCGAAGAGCCUGAUUCACCUGUAAAUACUCGAGAAACCCAAGAAAAUCAUCGACAACAUCCUGCUAGGCCAAAAGUAGCGCAUCCAAGUCAACAAAACGGACUACUGCAGCCAUUAGUGAUGCAAUUCAACGUCUUACUACAGAGUCUCUCAAUUAACGCCGCCUUGUUGCCAUCAUUACAAGCUCAGUACAAAAUGACACAAGUCAGUUCGACUGGAAUAACUGGUAGUAGGGCUAAAUUUAUCAUUGAUCUACCAACACAUUCUCUAAGUUUCACAACAAAAAUUUCGAAUGCGGAGGCCAACUUACCUCCAGAAGCUUCAUUGGCAUUGCCUCAAGUUCAUGUUUGUGCUGAAUACAUUCCUGAGAAUGGUCGUGAGGACGUUGGAGCGGAUGGUAUUAUUCUUCGACAAGGUGGCUAUGUUUCAGCGUCGGCAGAAAUCGGAGCGUUUGAACGAUGCCUCACAACGGACUUACUGAACCAUUUAGUAUUUGUCCAAAAGGUCUUUAUGAAGGAAAUUAAUGAGGUAUUACAAAAGGUCUAUGGUGGAGAAAAACCUGUUCCAUUGUGGAUGGAAGAUACGGAGAAUACCUCUUCAUUGAAAACCAUUUUGUUUUCAAUCGAUAUAUGUGUAAAGCGAAUACAAUUGACCGCUACAACACCAUGUUCGUCAGCAGUGAGAUUUGAGACUGGAACACUGGAUCUCCAUUUAUCCAAUCGGGUGAAGAACAUUGGAGAAGGUACCGGACGAAAAUUGUUCGGCAAAGCGCAUAUUGAAUUUAACCUUUCAUUGGGACAAAUAAUCAAGAAUGUCAUAUUUGAUGAGGCUGAACCUGAAUUCCAACAAUAUGCCUUCUUCAAUACAACUGUUCGUUUAAGAAAUGCUUUUCAAGAUGAAGUGUUGAAUGAUGAUAAGGAACUGAUUUUGCUUACACUGAAGCGUCCUUUAAUUUAUAUUCAACCUGUUGCCGUUGAUAAAGCCAUAUUAGUCUGGUUGAAUUAUAAAAAUGCGUAUGAGUAUUGGGCAGAGAAGCGAGCAAACAUCAGUCAUGAUUUCUCGUGCGGAGGCCCUCAGAUGUUUGAUAAAGUUCCAUUUGGUCAGCUUGGAAAUAUUGCAUCCUCAAACUUAUCUGCUCUGUUCCUGCAAUUGACUGUGGAAGACAUGGGUAUAUGCUUGCCUUUGAAACAAAUCGCAUGGGGCGGAGCAAGAUCAUAUCAAGAUUUUGAGCCAAAGGGAGCAGUGGUUAUAACUUUGGAAAAUACAAUAAUUUCAGCGUGCAAUUCUGGUUCAUUGGUGUCAAAAGGAAAAUUCCAAGGACUUUGCUUGAGAUUUGCUGAUGAUUUUGAAACAACUUUAGACGACUGGAAGCCUAAUAUGAGUGAUUCGGGUAUAAUGAAUCUAUGCGUUGUUUCCGAAGGCACGUAUGAAGUUUGUUCGCAUACCAUAGCUGCAAAGCGUCGAGAAAAUGCCAAAUGGUUCCUUAAUGUUAAAUGGCAAAUGGAAGGUGUUGAUAUCCAUCUAGACGUUAACAUUGGAAAACAGUUGUCAUCUCUGGGUCAUACAUUAACAAUGCUAACGGGCUUUGAAGAAGAAGAAACAAAUAACACUGAGAGUCCUAACAGUGACGAUGGUGAUCAAGUUUAUACCCAAGAUCAGAUAAAACGAAAGGAACUCGAAAAUCUUCCAUCAUUCCUUUUCGAUCCCAACAUUGAUUCAAAAGCUCGAGCAAUUAUGAUGGAGAAAGAAAUGGCGGAACAACUUAAAAUUAUAAAUGACCUGAGGACUUUAGGGGCAUCUAAUAACACUAUCACCCAUGAAGAACGACGCCUACAAGAAUUGCAAGCUCUUUGUUAUAAAUAUUUCCGAAGAGAUAUGAUACAGAAGUGGAAGAGAUCGUCAAUGCGACGGGGUAUGUUGAAAACAACGAACCGAUCGCAGUCGUUUGUAGCUACUUCUAUAUCCCGUGAUGUCCACAACGAUAUUCUAGUGAGGAAAUUGGAUUCAAUCAAUUCAACGGAUGAUGUUUCCAGUACAGCAUCAGGUCCAUCUCGAAGUGCUUCCUUGAGAGUAUGCUUACCUAAAACUCAUCGUGUCACCUUUUCAGAGGCUAUGAGGCAAACAUCGUUGCCAAACGCAGAUGUUGACAUAGGAUUAGAGGAUAAUGUUGAUGAUUGGUUACCACAUAACGGCAGUACAUCAACUAUAGUGGAUAUGGACGAUAGUCAAGUGGAAUUAAGGCGGAAGAAUACUAGUACUAAUCAAAAGCAACAGGAACCCAAUAUUGACUUCGAAUUGAAUGUGAAAGUGCUAAUCAAUUCUGGCAAAUGUGUACUGCAUACAAAAGAACUGCAUGAUGAAAAAAUCGUAUUCAGUUCAACGACAAAACAUCAUAAACGGGAACGUAGUAUUGGAAAUGAUUGGGGCAGUCCAACACCAUCCAGGAAAAAUCGAGAUAAAAGCAAGAUUCGAUAUAACGCAAAUCACACGGUUCUUGUUGACUUGACUAUUUUCCACAUACCCGGAUUGGAUGUAAAGUUGCAUUAUGAAUCCACCACAUUGGCGGAUGACAGUGGAGCAUCUACCUCUACAUUAACAUCACAAAAUUCUAAGACAAAUCUUGCGGAUAUGCCCACUUCGCUCAACAAGAAAAUGCUGAACAAGAGAGCCUCAUUGUUCACUUGGAUUAUACUUCAAAGUAUUCCCGAGGAGACAAUUAUUUCGCCACAUAUACUGGAGUUUUUGGAACAAACUUUAGAGCCAAUACCAAGGAGAAGUGAAAGCAACUUGCUGCCAUCAAAUCCGGUGAACAUUGAGUUGCUUCCUAGCAAUUACGCUACGUAUGCAUCUUUCCCGGUCGAUGUGAUUGUUUACUUCCACAUGCAGCCAUCAACUUUCCGAUUUUCAUGUUUACCGAUCUCAAGAGUGGAGUGCAUGCUUCAAUUGCCGAGUUUGGAUAUUGUUUUCAGCUCUAAAAGGUCCAAGGAUGAUGUCGAUAAUGAAUCCGAUAAUAAAUCCAAUAUCGGAGGAUUAAGCGUAACUGGCUGUCUCGCUGACUUCAAUCUUUAUAUCUUCCAUCCGUACGGUGGCAAAAAGAGUGGUAUAAAGGAAGCACAGUUCUCUCCCCUAACAGAUAGCGAACGGAAGGAUUCUUUGAGUGUUAACGUAGAGUUCGUUAAAUUCCAUUUAACACGAUGCCGCAAGCUUUACAUUGAACCUUCAAAGACAAAACGUUUGGAGAACCAAUCGAAAGCCGUGAUUCGAUUUUCAACUAUCAUCGAUAUUGGAAGUGCAUCCUUCAAAUAUGAUAUGCGGCGAUUAACUGAAAUUCUAGCUUUUCCCAAAGCAUGGUACCGGAAAACGAUUGUGAGAAGACUGUUUUUAGGGGACUUGAGUGUGAAUCAGUGCAGUCAAAAGGAAUCCGAAGUGUCCCAGCCUGCGGAAAGUGUGAAAGAUUCGACAACUCAAUACAACUCGAACGACGCGAAGAAAAGUAGUUUUUGUAAGGAAUCAAUGAAGUUGGACAUUGCGCAAGAAACGACUUUGAAGACUGAUAAGCUUAAGGAUAUGGGGAAAUCAUCGAGCACCGAUUCAAAUAUGUCUGCAACGGAGCAAAAUCAAGCAUGGGAGACUUUAGUGCUUUUCGCUGUUAACUUCACGAAAUUAAAUGUCCAAAUGAAUAUGGGGAAUUUUAUGGGUAAUGUGGUAUGGUUAACGCGAGAUUUUCAGAGUGAUGGAAAACUCAGUAUUGGAAGCACUGGGUAUAGAAAUAUGCACGUAGGAAUUCGACUGGGCGGGUCUUCUUUAGAUGCCAAAGGAGGUAUAGUGGGCGGUAUUUUUGAUUUGAACGACAUCGAUACGCAAUUCCAUGUUAAGGAGGAAUCAGGAAAAGAGCCCUGCCAUACGAUCCGUUUGAAACUGAAAGCCUUGGAACUGCGAUUGGACUAUAUGGGUACCAGCAUAUUAAUGGGGCGAAUUAGCUCAUUUUCAGCUGCAUUACGCGACGAAUGGAAAACAACGAACGAUAAAUUCAUUGCAAGCUUGAGAAAAAAUGCAAUAAUAUUUAUUCAUGGCGAUUUGAUAUGGGAUCAGCUUCAAAUUAUGAUCUCCAAGUCUACAACUGCCGAUAUUUUGAAAAUAUUCUAUAAACUGGAGGAGUUCUUCUCUCAGCAGUUUAAGUCGUCUAAACGAGUAUUUUCAAGUCUGGAAACACGAACAUCAGAACGUAAUCAAAGCUUGAAGAAGAAACAGCAGCAAAGACGAAAACAAACGACAUCAGAAGGCAUGUCCAACACGGAAUAUUGGAAUGAUGAUGCGCGACAUCACAGGCAUUGGCAGAAGCCACUCAGUCAGGCAAUGGGUCUGGUGGUUCCCACUUUGGUAACAAAGCUACCAAAUCACGGGAACAUAUUGGGAGGAACAAUUGAAUUGCAUGGAAAUAAUAUUUCACUCGCUUGUUUCCAUGGAAUCAACUUCAAGUCGAAAUCAUGGGCUCUAUUUAGUUUGCGUGAACCAUUCAUCAACUUUGCAACAGAGGCGCAAGAUGUUGGAAGUGAUAACGAGGUGCACAUAAUAGAGACGCUCGCAUUCAGCUUGGGGCAAAAUACCCAAACUCCACAAACACACUCCAUGGCGAUUGUUAGCAGAAUCAGUAGGAAUAUUGUAUUCCCACCGCAAUAUAAAACAUUGACCGAAUGGUUCCACUACGCCUUUGCUAACAGCGAAAUCGAUGCUGUGGAUAGGUUCCCUGUACUGGAAAGGGAUAAGGAGAUUGCAACGAAUUCGAUAGAGCGAGGACGAGGCUCUUCGGUGAGUGGAGCUUCUGUGAAAUCCCACAAUUUGAAUCACAACCGUGAAGUAAUAUUUGCGUUGCCAAGUCUACAGUUCCAUUUUAAAACGGAACACAAGCAAGGUGCAAGCACUCCAGAUUUAUCAGGUGAAAAGCCGGUUGUGGUUUGCAGUUUCAUAACAGAAUUUGAAGAUCACAUCUUCGUCACUGUCGAUGCAGAUGCAUUCUUCUUUUUACACGAUCUCAUCACAUCUUACGUAAAAGAGAAGGAAAAAGUGAUUGGAGCGCAGACAGCACGGGCAGUUUCCCCGAAUUCAUCAGAUGUUCAAGACACUUCAUCGAACAAAACACACUCAACCAGCAGCGCAAGUAACGAAACAACUCAAUCGAAUACUUCCAAUGAGGUACGAAGCCCUAGCUCGUCCGAAAGCCAUAAUACGAGUGGAUCGAAUGUUGAUCUUGAGAAAUUUGUUCGGGAUUGGCGACACUUUGAAUGCAAGGCAUGGCAUUUAGAACCCACCGUUCGACUCUUGUCUUGGGCUGGCAAGUCAAUUGAACCUUAUGGGAUUGAUUACAUUUUGAAUAAACUGGGAUUCAGUCACGCUCGAAUCACAAUACCAAAAUGGCUGCAACGAGGCUUUAUGGAUCCUUUAGAUAAAGUACAAGCGCUGAUGAUGCUGCAACUUUUAGCUUUGGUGAAGGAAAACAGAAAUGAAUCCCCGAAAAUCUAAAGUUUUUUGAAACAUUACAACAUAAUAUCAUAUGAAUACUACAUAUAAAUGUCAAAUGCAUCUUAUCCAAUAAAAGUUAAAUUAUUUGAAUGGUUAGAGCAAAUAAAA